AUGGCUGCGCUUACGAUCCUCGUCGUUGGCGGCGGCGGUCGCGAGCACGCUCUCGCGUGGAAGCUCUCGCAGUCUCCGCUCGUCGACAGAAUUUUCGUCUGUCCCGGAAAUGGAGGCACCUCCCUCGAGGCCAAGACUACAAAUGUCGAUUUGUCCGCCUCGGACUUCCCUGCCCUCGUCGAUUUUGCCCUCAAGCACGAGGUAUCGCUUGUCCUCCCUGGGCCUGAGCAACCUCUUGUUGAUGGCGUCGAAACAUACUUUCGCAAAGUGGGCAUCCCGGUUUUCGGUCCGAGCGCGCUCGCCGCCCGCAUGGAGGGAUCAAAGGCGUUCUCGAAAGCGUUCAUGGACCGCCACCAAAUUCCCACUGCCAAGUUCAAGGUUUUCGCAUCCUCGGAGUUCGACCAGGCUGUCGAGUACGUCCGGACCUGCGGCUUCAAGGUCGUUCUCAAGGCUAGCGGUCUCGCCGCCGGCAAGGGUGUGCUUCUGCCCGAAGGUGUGGACGAGGCGAUCGCAGGCCUCAAGGAGAUCAUGGUCGACAGCGUCUUCGGGGCCGCAGGUCAAGAAGUUGUUGUUGAGGAGCUCUUGACCGGACCUGAAGUGUCCGUACUCGCCUUUUCCGACGGCUACACCGUCACCGCCUUGCCCGCUGCGCAAGACCACAAGCGUAUUGGCGAGGGCGAUACCGGUCCCAACACCGGUGGUGUGGGCGCAUAUGCGCCCGCUCCUGUCGCUACUCCCGAUAUUCUGGACCGCAUCACUAAGGAGUCUCUUCAACCCACGAUCGACGGUAUGAGGAAGGAGGGUUUCCCCUUCGUUGGCAUGCUGUUCACCGGUCUCAUGAUCACGGAAAACGGACCCAAGGUUCUCGAGUACAACGUCCGGUUCGGUGACCCCGAGACGGAAGCUUUGGUUUUGUUACUCGACCCAGAAACAGAUCUAGCAUCCAUUCUCCUUGCCUGCGCCGAGCACCGCCUAGACUCUGUGGAAGUGAAGUCGCGACCAGGGUUUGGCGUCUCUGUCGUGCUCGCUUCCCAAGGAUACCCGGGAAAUUAUGCCAAGGGCAAGGAAAUCACUAUCGGGCAAAUGCCCACUGAUGUGGUCCCAUUCCACGCCGGAACAUCCGCUGUUAACGGAAAGAUCGUGAGCUCGGGCGGUCGUGUGUUGGUGGUCUCGGCCUACGCGCUUACACUCCAAGGCGCCCUUGAUGCUGCGUAUGCUGGCGUCGAGAAGAUCGAUUUCGAGGGCAAGGUCUUCCGGAGAGAUAUCGCGCACAGGGCUUUGUCAGCGACACCCGCGUCUUCUGGUGGGCUCACUUACGCCCAGGCCGGAGUCUCGGUGGAUGCUGGGAACGCCCUCGUCGAGGCCAUCAAACCCUAUGUUCGCGCAACACGCAGAACAGGCGCAGACGCCGAGAUCGGCGGCUUUGGCGGCGUUUUCGACCUCAAGGCCACAGGGUACCGGGAUCCCGUGCUGGUCAGCGGGACCGACGGCGUUGGCACCAAGCUGCGCGUGGCCAUGGACGUCAAACUGCAUGACUUUGUCGGCAUCGAUUUGGUGGCGAUGUCUGUGAACGACCUGCUCGUGCAGGGCGCGGAGCCGCUGUACUUCCUCGACUACUUCGCGUGCAGCAAGCUCGACGUUGACAUCGCCGCGCGCGUCGUGAAGGGCAUCGCGGACGGCUGCGUGCAGGCCGGGUGUGCCCUCAUCGGCGGCGAGACCGCUGAGAUGCCCAGCAUGUACCACGGCGAUGACUACGACCUCGCCGGCUUCGCGGUGGGCGCCGUCGAGCGCAGCCUCAUCCUCCCCCAGCCCACGAUCGCCCCCGGCGACGUCCUCCUCGGCCUCCCCUCCUCCGGCGUGCACUCGAACGGCUUUUCGCUCGUGCGCAAGGUCGUCCAGCUCUCUGGGCUCUCCUACUCCGACGCCUGCCCGUGGGACGCGACCACGACGCUCGGGCACGCGCUCCUCACGCCGACGCGCGUGUAUGUCAAGGGCGUGCUCCCCGCGGCGCAGGCGGGGCUGCUCAAGGGCAUGUCGCACAUCACCGGCGGCGGCUUCGUCGAGAACAUCCCGCGCGUGCUGCCCGCGGGCCUCGGGUGCUAUAUCGAUGCAUCGGCGUGGGAGCUGCCCCCCGUCUUCCGCUUCCUGAUGGCGCGCGGCGGCGUCGCGCCGCUCGAGAUGACGCGCACGUUCAACAACGGCGUCGGCAUGGUCCUCGUGGUCGCGCCGGAGCUGGUGGAGCGCGCUGUCGAGGUGCUGCAGAAGGCGGGCGAGAAGGACGUGUAUAGGAUCGGGGAGGUCACCGCGCAGAGCGGAGUGGAGAUGCGCAACCUGAGCGCGUGGAGCUCAUGA